CCGCGUCGGUGCUGUAUAACAAAGCGGUGUUGUGUUUUUCCCUUAAACGCGUUGAGCGGGUUUCAAACAGCGGCUCCGCACAGUGUCUGCGCUCCGGCCGGAAAUCCAGUCAUCUGGACAGGUUUGUGGGAAGGGAAGAACUUCUUUUUAGAUGAUUAGGGUGACUUAAUGAUUUGCCAGACAGGCUGUAUGUGUGGGUUAGGAGUGCUGAACCAGAAUUUGAACACUGUUCACAGCUCACUUGAUGCUUUCCUGCAAUUCAGAAGACCUUGUGCUGCUGUCCUCUCCUGCAUCACCACUUCCUCAUGAAAUGGACCAGCCUUUCCUGAUUGGCUGAGCCUCUUUUCUUGCGCCAGGCCAAUGAGGUAACCCUGACUGUGUUUGGUGAUGCCGGUGGCACUGCUGUGAUGGGGCAGAGGAUCUCGGGUGUGGUGAAAUCUGCCGAGGAGUGCGAGGAGGCUGCGCUGGCAUUGCAGGUGGCCCUUGGGCGGCAUGGACAAGGACACCGGCUAGGCCAGCCAUUUUCACCGCGCCUGGAACUGCUGCUGGACAUGCCUCCAGCAGACCUUGCCACUCAGCUUGAGCAUGCUUGGAACCCUGAUGACCGCUCACUCAACCUGUUCAUCAAGGAUGAGGACCCGCUGACUUUCCAUCGCCAUCCGGUAGCGCAGAGUACGGAUUGUGCGCGAGGUAAAGCAGGUUUCACUCGUGGCCUGCAUGCCUGGACUAUCCGGUGGCCCAUAAGACAACGUGGCACACAUGCUAUAGUCGGGGUUGCAACUUCCCGGGCACCGCUUCAUGCUGUCGGGUAUACGGCACUUGUUGGCAGCGAUACAGAAUCUUGGGGAUGGGAUUUAGGGCGGGGCAAACUUUACCAUGACAGGAAGAACCAAACGGGGCCAGCAGCUUCAUACCCAUGCAGCCAGAAUGAGGAGGACGAGGACACCUUCUCAGUACCUGAGGAGGUGCUGGUGGUCUUGGACAUAGACGAAGGCACACUAGGGUUUUGUGCUGAUGGUCACUUUCUAGGUGUAGCCUUUCGGGGCCUCAAGGGGAGGAGGCUGUAUCCAAUCGUCAGUGCCGUGUGGGGCCACUGCGAGGUCACAAUGACGUACAUCAACGGACUGGAGCCUGAGCCUCUGCCACUGAUGGAACUGUGUAGGAGAGCAGCUCGCCAAGCUCUGGGCCGACAUCGCAUCCACCACAUCCGGACACUUCCCCUGCCCCAGACUCUCAAAAACUACCUGCAGUAUCAGUGAGGGCGUCGGCCAUGUGCGCACGCGCGCACACGGCCCUGAACUACACCACCUGUGACCUCAAAGCACAAACAUCUUCCAGGCUUUUUUUUAAAUGAAAGGCUCCAUUUACACCUGAGUGAAAAGAGCAGUAUGUAUUAUUAUUUGCACCCGGUUUAAUUCUCGCCUGCUACCUAGUAUCCCCAUGGCGGUAUAUUGGGUUAGCUUCCUAACAAACUCAGCUCAUUUUGAAUUGCACAUUGCAAUAGUGAGCCUAAUGUUAGUUAGCUUGCUCAGUGAACUCGGCUAGUUACAAAUAGCUGCUGCUGAGAAAGUAGAACAGUUUAAAAAGCUAGCUUAGCUUAUGUACUGACUAUAUUGCGUAAUUAAAGCCAAUAUUAUUUGCUACACAGUGCAUCAAGCCAAAGAGGAAGAAGAAAGGCGAGUGAUUGUCGUCAUGCUCUGUGAUUAAGUUUGUGAUCGGCAGAUCGAGAUUAUUUUAAGAUUUCAAAGAUUAGUGGUCUUUCUUUGCUCGUAUAAGGAGGUCUGUCACUCGGUGGAAUCAGGAUGUGAGGAUUUUGUGUGCAUGCAAAUGGUUGUAUUGUGUACAUUUUAGCUGGUUGCAAAAACUUCCCUAUCUUGAAAAAGCACAACAGAGUAUGGUGUCUGAUUUUUGACCCUGGUGCUAUGGACCAUGUUUUUACAAUAUGUUUGGGGGAAGGGGGCUUGGAAUGAGUGUCUUCCAUAGAUUUUUUUUUUUUUUUAAAUAUAUAAAUGAUCUAUGAAUUAUUUUUAGUGCGAUUUUUUUUGUAAAAGCAAAGUCCUCCAUAUCAUGCACCUAGACACCAGGAUUCUCCCCCCCCAUUAUUAUUAUUAUUAUUAUUAUUUUAUUUUUUGGUGACGAGCGUUUAAGGAUUUGCGUGAGUGGUGAUUGUGUUCUUUGAAAUGGUGCGGCUUAUUGUGUAUGAGUGAUGCAUUUUAGUUUUGGGCUAGGAAGUGAUGCUGUUCCAACAGGAAGUCCAGGAAAGGCCGUUUAUACAGAAGGAUCUAGGGGAAACUGGGGAUGCUGCACUUGCUGUUACAACGUGUUGAUGCGUCCACCAUCUUGGAAGGGGCCGGAUUGGAUCGUAGGACGAUGCAUGCGUGUCCUGCUCACAUCCACAGUAACUCGCACUGUUGUACAGAGGUGCUGCACAUCACAAGACAUCUAUGCACAAUAGAGAUUUUAAAACUGCUGGGAGACUGGAAUUAACCCAUGAUCACACUGGUCUUUUAAUCUCCUCCCCAUUUAUUAACAGCUGUAGAAUAGAUCAAUGUAGAAAUUCCAAUGUAGCAAUUUAGUUUUGCUUACAUAAUGUCAGCUAAAACUCUGCUGGUUUAAAUUUUUUUUUUCAUAAUCACAGCAACUCUGUUUAAAUGCAUCAUGGAGCGUUUAACCUCACUCAGCUCAAAACCAAAUGGCGGGUGGAAUCAAACCUGACUUGGCCACUUGUUUUUGAGUCAAACUGGCACAAAUUUUUAUUUUUUCUUCUUCUAAUGGGGAUGAGCUUCAGGUCAGACAAACUUUAACAACACGUCACAUUUACAUUUUUGGAAAGUCUUUAGUUUUAAUUCACACACUAAACUUUACACAACCUGGAAGUCGCCCCCUCCAAUAUGGACACUGUGUCUGGUUUAGCCCAGUGUGGCCUCUACCUUUUUUUUUUUUUUUUUUUUUUUUUUUCAUAUCUGAUUUUUA